UUUUCUUGAACAUGUCUCACAGGAAACUCAAGUUUCCUACUGUUACUCUACGUAGGAGUAGACUAAGCUCUGUGUGGCUGCUAUGGAUUCUGAUGGCAGGGUUUCGCACAGAAACAGUAAAUUAUCACAUCUAUGAAGAAGAGACCCCAGGGACAGUCAUUGGUGUCCUCUCUGAACACAGUAUGCUUGAUUCGCCCGGUAAUAUUCCUAGAAAUUUCCGCCUGAUGAAACAGUUCAACAGCUCUCUGAUCAGGGUGAGAGAGGAUGACGGACAGCUUACCGUCGGGGAGAGCGGUAUCGACCGAGAGCAGCUAUGCCAGCAGUCCCAGCAAUGCACUCUGGCUUUCGACGUGGUCAGCUUCUCCCAGUUGAUACAUGUGGAAGUGGAGGUGAGAGACAUCAAUGACCACUCGCCACGCUUCCCGGCUUCCGAAGUCUUUGUGGAGGUGUCCGAGAGCGUGGCUAUGGGCACCCAUAUCUCUCUAGAAGUGGCCGUGGACGAGGACGUGGGUUCCAAUGCCCUCCAGAGCCUGCGACUGGUGGAGCCACACAGCUCCUUUCGCGUGGAGCUGCAGACUCGAGCCGACGGCACCAAAUGCGCUGACCUGGUACUUCUGCAGGAACUGGACCGUGAGAGCCAGGCUACCUACAGACUUGAGGUGGUGGCUCAGGACGGAGGACACCCUCCACGCUCCUCCACAGCCACUCUUAAUGUUCGGGUGCUGGACACCAACGACCACAGCCCAGCCUUCCCACAGGGUGCUGUCACCGAGGUAGAGGUGGCGGAGGAUGCUCCCGAGGGCUCCCUGCUCCUUGACCUAGACGCUGCAGACCCGGACGAGGGCCCCAACGGAGAUGUAGUGUUCUCCUUCGGUGGCCGGACCCCGCUUGAGGAACAGUUCCCUUUCCGCUUGGACCCGCGCUCAGGCCGCCUGACACUGGUUGGGUCCGUGGACUAUGAAGAGAAGGAAACCUACGAGCUGGACGUGAGGGCUCAGGACCAAGGUCCAGCGCCGCGCGCUUCCACUUGCAAGGUCGUCGUGCGUAUACGCGACGUGAACGACAACGCGCCGGACAUAACCAUCACACCACUGGCAGUGGCCAUGACCACCGCUUCCGACUCCUCCAGCUCCUUUUCCGCCCCAGUCUCGGCUUCCUUGGUGGGGCCUAGAAGCCCAGAGUCUGGGGUGGCCUCUGUCAUACCGGAGGGGGCAGUGCAAGAGAGCCUCGUGGCUCUGGUCAGCACCUCGGACAGGGAUUCGGGCUCCAAUGGGCAGGUGCGUUGCGCCCUCUAUGGACACGAACACUUCAGACUGCAGCCGGCCUAUGCCGGCAGCUACCUGGUGGUGACCGCGGCGCCCCUGGACCGCGAGCGCAUCUGCGAGUAUAACCUGACCCUGGUGGCCGAGGACAGCGGCUCCCCUCCGUUGCGCACUGUGAAGCCCUACACUGUGCGCGUGGGAGACGAGAACGACAACGCUCCGCUCUUUGCGCGUCCCGUCUACGAAGUGUCAGUGAGGGAGAACAACCCUCCCGGGGCCUACCUUACCACGGUGGUUGCUCGGGACCCCGACUUGGGCCGUAACGGCAAGGUGACCUAUCGGCUGUUAGAGGCUGAGGUGGGUCGGGGCGAGGGCCUAGUGUCCACCUACGUCUCCGUGGACUCGGGCAGUGGGGUACUGAGGGCUAGGAGGAGCUUUGACCGGGAGACGCUGGCCUGGCUGGAGGUGGGGCUGGAGGCUCGAGAUGGUGGCUCUCCAGCCCAGUGGGGUCGGACCGUGGUGCGGCUGGUGGUGGAGGACCAGAACGACCACGCUCCCGAGGUGACUUUCCCACUGCUUUCCAAUGGCUCAGCCCACGUGCCGCUGCCCCGAGGGGCGCCCCCAGGUUUCCUGGUCACCCAGGUGCGAGCCCGCGACGAAGACGAGGGUCCCAACGCAGAGCUGACCUACAUCCUCACCCGCAGCGACGGCGGCCCAGGCGCGCUGGCGAUGCACCCGCACACGGGAGAGCUGUCACUGCGGCGGCGCCUGUCGCCUUGGCCCACCGACCCUCUUACCGUGGAGGUCACAGUGAUGGACAGCGGGCGGCCAUCCCUCUCCUGCACCGCUACCCUAAACUUGGUCCCAGUUCCCGCCUCGCCCCCUGGCGGAGAUGUCGUGCUGGUGCCACCUCCACCCCUGCCACCUCCCUUUAGAGAGGACAUGGCUGGGCCUCCGCAGGGGCGGUUGCACGGGGGUUCCGGGUGGAGGCCUGACCUCUCCACUAUCUUUAUCGGGGUCCUGGCUGGUGGCUGCGGGCUGCUGCUCGUGGCUAUCUUCACCGUGGCCUCGUCAUGCCAGGGAAGGGGCCUGUUCGGGAGGAAGACAUUUUUCAAGUGCAGUAUGAGAUCAGGAUUGGCCAGGGAAGACAGCUGGACACCUGACAGCCAGAAGUCUUCUAGAGGGUCGGUUAGUAAUGACUUUGAGAGCCUCGAGGAGUCCUACCGUCUUUCUAUCACAGAUGAAGCUGAAGAGGAGGAGGAGACAGUCAGAACACCUCAUUUGAGGGACAGCGGGGUGUCCCUUUCUCCCUCAUCUCAAGAGAAUGAGACUCCCAAGCCCCAGGGUUCAAUCUCAGCUCCAUUUCAUUCCACAUCUCUGUGGCAAGAGGAUAAAUCUGCUGCAAGUUUAGGUACCCAUUCAGGACCAGAUGAAUCCAGUGUGAAGGACAGUGGGAAAGGAGACAGUGAAUGCAAUGAUAGUGAUUCUGAUAUUAGUGGAGAAGGGGCCAAGAAAACAUCCUUUCAGAUGGCUGACAAGCAAACUGGUGUUCCAGGAAAUAUGGCAAGAAGAACUUUUAAGGAUCCCAAAAGAUCCUUUUUAAUCUGGGAGUCCCGAACAAGCAAGAAUCUUUCAUCACACUAUGACAAUGCCCAUAGGAUUGCAUUUUCUUCAAGUACCAUCCAUCAGCACCAUUCUAAGCUGAGAAAUACUAAUUUUCAUACAGAAGACUCUAAGCUAAAGGAGUAUUAUUAUCAAGUUAGUGCCCCCCAGAGUGAAAGUAUGCCAAGUGUGUAUGAAAGAGCUCCAAACAGUGGGACAAUAAUGCCACCUUCUACUCCAUUAAGACGGUGUAAUGGAUUAAAUCAUCCCCUAGAGAACACUUUAACUUUGCACACCCCUGAAAUAAGCACAUCAUUCUGAAACACCAAAGGACGUUGGGGGAAAAAUCCAUGGAAAUACAUAUAUUUCUGUGUUUGUGAUAGUUUCUUAAGACAAGUUGUAUAAUAAACCUUUGAUCUUCUGAAGGUUUCUUUAAGGUAUGAAAAAAAUCAAUGUUGGGGAUAUGUGAUGGGUUCUAAGUAUUUUACCAAAGAUUCUUAUUGAGAGUAAUAUUAGAAUAAGUAGUAUUUGAUACAGAUGUAAAGAAUGCAAGAUGUAUUUUAUAUAUUGACACAAUUUAUAAAUGUAAAUAAAAAGUAGUUCUUAGUGUUUAUUUUCAUUCCAAGGUGUAUGUUAUUCAAUCAUUAAGCUAACUCAACUUCAAAAUAAUGUGAAACUGGGAAGAGUUCUUUUCUUGUUUUUUUCUUCUUUUUUUUUGUGGAGCAAUGAGGGUUAAGUGAUUUGUUCAGGGUCACACAGCUAGUAAGUGUCAAGUGUCUCGGGCCAAAUUUGAACUCUGUUCCUCCUGAAUCCAGGGCUGGUGCUUUAUCCACUGUGACACCUAGCUGCCCCAUGGGAAGAGUUCUUAGGGACUAUUUGGUUCUCCUCUUCAAAGUAGCCUGAGAGGUCCCAGUACCCUGUCUGUGGUUUUGACUUGAAAGUACCCCAUGCCUUGGAAGCAUUGAUUGGUUUGGAUACUGUGACAGAUUGUCCUCUGCAUAUAGUUUUCUCUUUUUAUUAUAUUUGGCAAUAAUUAAUUCUGCUAUCCCAGUGAAAUCCACAUAAAUCUUAUAUACUGUAUGUUACACAACUAUGUAUAAUAACUUCUUAUAGUUAAAAGAAGAUACCCAAUAAUUUGAGCUCCUUAGGCCUGAGAAACUUCCAAUUGGUUGUCAGUCUUAACUUUUAUCACUUUAAAUCCAAAAUCAAAGUAAUUAUGACUUUGAUUUAAAUACUUUGUAGAAACAAUUACCUCCCCCCCCCAAUCUAUUCAACUUUAUCCUUAUAGCUUAUCAAGAAAUAUUCCUGUAUUCAUCAAAGUCAGUCUUUGGUGGUAAAUUGGUAAAUGUAUUUAACUCUGUUUAGUGUCUUGUAUGUCUUUUUUAGUAACUAAGCUCUAGCUUCUUGUUGUUCAGUCUUGUCUGACUCUUUGUGACCUCAUUUAGGGUUGCCUUGGCAGAGAUAAUAGAGGAGUUUUAAAAUUUCCUUCUCCAGCUCAUUUUAUAGAUAAGGAACCU